GAAAGUUUGAGUAGCGCUGUUUCUGUCACGUCGCAAGCCAGAGAAAGUUGAUGUUUGCAGAGAAACGUCGCUGAAAUAGCCAUAAUUACCACGCUUGUGUCUGAAGACGGGUAAUAUUUCUGCGAUGAGUGUUGUGGAUGGUUUCAUGGAGGAUGUCUUUUUGUAUCAAUAUGUUAAAAUUGCUUUGGCUGUCACAGUGAUCAAAAGAAAGCCCAAUGAUUUGAAAGUGAAACCAUAUGUCAGUGGACUUUUAGAGCAACUGCAGUUGCAGGAUAGCAAUUGGAACAAGAAGGUACUGAAGCAGCAGGAGAAGUUGCUUGAGUGUCAGCAGGAAUGGAUGUCAAAAAUUUUACCACUAGAUAUGGAUUUGGUUGCAGAUGCAGAUAUAGCAACAUUCAGAGAAGAAUGCGUUUCCUUGAGCAAAUUCCAAACGCAUGAAAGAUACAUGUAUAUGAUGAAGAACGUUAUUUUGCAGCGCAAGAGUGUAGAAAAUCCUUCUUGGUCACUAAAGGAAGAAUCCAUUCUUUUGUGGAACACUCUUCUCGGUACGAUUGAAUAUCUAACCAUGGUAAUUCAAGAUAGAGAGCCUUCGUUGCCAUUUCCAAAAGGGAUGUACCUUGCUUGCAUUAGGAAAAUUCAAGAUAUGUCUCUGGUAACGGAGGACUAUUCAGAGUUUACACCUAGAAUGGAGGAGCUCGUGGACUCUCUGAUAAAAUGCUUACUUCAGUGGCAAGGAGUACCUUUGAGUUUUACAUCUGAUGACAUAAGAAUAAUCUUGGUAUCACUCGGAUCCUCUCCUGCCUUGAGAGACCUGUGUUUAUCAAAACUGGCAUGGGCUGUGCAGAACGUUGGUUCCUCUCUUAAAGUGGUUGCUAAGGGAGAUUGUGAGUUACAUGGCAAAGUUAUGACCUACCAGAAUGUUUUUCAUGUGCUUCUUGCUCUUGAGGAGAUACUGAGGGGAACUUUUGUGAAGCAGGAGACUUAUUCUGAGACAGUUUCCUCUAUCUAUCACAAUCUUAAUAGUUCACUUAGGCAUGUCUCGAAGGCCUUCCCAGUCUUUGCCCACUUCGUCUGGAGAUUGCUAUUGUUGUUGUCAAGACAUCCCUCUUUUUCAGAGCAAGAGGAACAAAAGUUGCUUUGAGACUUAAGGAAAAACUGAUGGCUAUUUCUACUUAAUUAAAAGUAAAA